AUGCCUUCCAGAAUUCCUAAGACUCACUCCAAGACCUACUCUACUCCAAAGAGACCUUACGAGUCCGCUCGUUUGGACGCCGAGUUGAAGUUGGCCGGUGAAUACGGUUUGAAGAACAAGAAGGAAAUUUACAGAAUUUCCUUCCAGUUGUCCAAGAUCCGUCGUGCCGCCAGAGACUUGUUGACCAGAGAUGAAAAGGACCCAAGAAGAUUGUUCGAGGGUAACGCCAUGAUCAGAAGACUUGUGAGAGUUGGUGUCUUGUCCGAGGACAAGAAGAAGCUCGAUUACGUCUUGGCCUUGAAGAUCGAAGAUUUCUUGGAGAGAAGACUACAAACCCAAGUCUACAAGCUUGGUUUGGCCAAGUCUGUCCACCACGCCAGAGUCUUGAUCACUCAGAGACACAUUGCUGUCGGUAAGCAGUUGGUCAACGUCCCAUCCUUCAUGGUUAGAUUGGAAUCUGAGAAGCACGUCGACUUCGCCAGAACCUCUCCAUUCGGUGGUGGAAGACCAGGUAGAGUUGCCAGAAAGAACGCUGCCAGAAAGGCCGAAGCUGCUGGUAACGCUGCUGCCGAGGAGGGUGACGAAGAGUAA